AUGAAUGACGCAAGCGGAGAGCGUAUCGACGAGCAUUUUUGUGCUGUCGAAGCAGAUGGCGCAAAGAUGCCGGCAGGUGCUGAGCCUUCUCAUCCGCAUCUUGAGCCUAGUCGCUGGUUUUUUGCCUCAUCCCUGCUGCCCAUGGUCGCGGGCACCCUGGGCCCAGUUGCGUCCGCCUUCAGUAUCUGCGCUCUUGUGCAACCAUGGCGACAGCACCUACCCCCAGGGGCCGACAUUGAUACGGCCCCUACCAUCAGGGAUCCCGCCUGGCUCAUUGCGAUAAAUGCUGUCCAACUCGCAAUAGCCCUAAUCGCUAAUAUGGCACUGCUCCUGAAUAUGACCCGGAGACUCAGGUUCGCCAUUGCCCAGCCCGUGACCAUCGUCGGCUGGUAUGUCUCCUCGCUAUGUCUGGUGGCCCUCACUGCGACCGCUUCCGGCCCUUUGGUCGUUGAGCCCGCCAACGAGUACAUCUGGUCUCAGGCCUUUUACUACGGCAUCUACUCGUCGAUUCUCUAUUUUUUGGUCGCCUCUUUCAUGACUGUGACCUAUAUGGGUGCCAGGGCUGGCCAUUAUCCCAAAGACUUCAUGCUCACGCCGAGCCAGAGAACCCUGAUGCUCCAGACGAUUAUGCUUCUCCUCUAUCUGCUGCUUGGGGCUCUGCUUUUCGGCAAACUUGAGGGCUGGAGCUACCUCGACGCGGUAUACUGGUCUGUUGUGACUCUUUUCACCAUCGGAUUUGGGGACAAUUACCCCAUGACCACCGUUGGGAGAGCCCUUCUCUUUCCCUAUGCUCUCGUUGGCAUCAUCAGCCUUGGUCUUGUCAUUGGUUCCAUUCGCAGCUUGGUGGUUGACCGUGGCAAACGUCGGCUUGAUGCCCGAAUUUUGGAGAAGAAACGACGCGAAAUGCUGCGGAGCAUGACGCUUAAAGGCAAAGAUGACAUUCUCGUGCCCGUCAAGUCGAGUGCAUCCACGUUGGGCUCCGUUUCGGGGUUGACCGAAUUUGAACGAAGAGAGCGAGAAUUCAAGCUGAUGCGAAAGAUCCAGGAGCACGCUGCUCGGCGUCGCCGUUGGAUUGCCCUCGCCGUCUCGGCAGGUAGCUGGUUUGUCCUCUGGGGCGUAGGCGCAAAAAUCUUCCAGGAGUGCGAGGAUGAGUAUCAAGGAUGGACUUACUUCGACGCUUUCUACUUCGCCUUCGUAAGUCUCACGACCAUCGGCUAUGGCGACGUAACGCCCGUGUCAAAUGCUGGAAAGAGUUUCUUUGUUUUCUGGGCCCUUCUCGCCUUGCCCACCACGACUGUGCUCAUCUCUAACGCCGGUGAUACUGUCGUGAGGGGCAUUCGGGAAGCAACCGACCAGAUCGCUACAGUGACCAUCUUACCCGGCGAGCGCGGUUUUAGAAAAGAUCUCAAACAACUCCUGCGGACUUUGUCAUGCGGCUUUCUUUUCCAUGAGGAGAUUGAACAGACACCACCCGGCUUCAUCGGCCAGACAGAAAAGGACAUCGACGACGCUGCUGGCCAAGAAAACGACGUAGAAGGCUCAGCUAAACGGGACCAGGCCGACCUCCAAGCAGAACGGGGCGGCGCCUCAGAAGCCAACAAGAAAGCAGACGACGAAGAGGGUGAAGAAACCCACUUCAAACGAGUCGAGGCAAACAAAGCCGAACAGCAGGCCGGUCAGUUGGACAAAAAAGUCAGCUUCCAGAACCCUCCUUCGACACCUCACCACCAACACCACCUCGUACGAGCGCGAACCGACGGUGGCCCGCAUCCCCAAUACCCCGUCUCCAUCCCGGCCCACAAACCAGACUACCACCUCACGCUCAUUGAAGAGAUUGGCCGCGUCAUGCGACAUCUGAAGCAUCACCCCCCGCGCAAGUAUACUUUUCACGAAUGGGCUUGGUAUCUCAAACUGAUCGGCGAGGACGAGGCCGACGCCGAAAGGCACCGCCAGGCAAACCCGCACGUCAAGAGGAAGAAGCUGCUUGAGCAGGGGAAACGCACCGGUGUUAUGGAGGGCCAGGCCGGAAAGGGGGAAGGGGAGGAUCCAGCGCCGUGGAGUUGGGUUGGGACCAGAAGCCCGCUGAUGGGAUCCCAGGAAGAGGCCGAGUGGAUUCUGGAGAGGCUAAUCGCGAGGCUAGAGGAGAAGUUGAGAGAAGUGAAAGAGGAGCGGAGGAAGGAGACUAGGAGCAAGAAGGAUGAGUGA